CUCCUCCUCUUUCUCCUUUCUAUCUCAGGACCAGGUUACAAAAGAGGGAGGGUCAUCGCUGAGGGACUUUUCCUAUGAUAUCCACCUGCUCUUCAUCUGAAUUAGAGAGAUUGUCCCAAGCAGGUUUUCUACCAGAGCCAACAUGGAUCGUCUAGAGAGAAGACUGAUGGUAGCUUUCCUCCUCCUGCCUCUUCUGUCCGUAAGCUGUGCCGCUCAUCAAAAAACUACAGUCUCCUGGUGUGUAUUGUCUGACGCUGAAGAGCAGAAGUGUCUGCAUUUGGCUGGGAAUGCCACAGCUCGGAAUAUUCGAGGAACUUUGGAAUGUGUCCGUGGUGAGGACACCAGAGAUUGUUUAGACAAAAUCAAGAAUGGGACAGCGGAUGCAGCCUCCAUGUUUGCAGAUGACAUCUAUGCUGCUGGCUUCUGCCAUGGCCUGGAGCUGGCUGCAGGAGAGUCCCACAACGGAGUGGAUGGUUAUAGCUACUACGUGGUGGCGAUGGCACGCCGCUCGUCCUCAGACCUGUCCCUGCUGGAGAUGCAUGAGCGCAGCUCCUGUCACCCCGGUAUCCGCACCACAGUGGGGUGGACUGUUCCCAUCGGUUACCUGGUCAACACCUCGCAGAUCAGCAUGGGGGAGCAGUGCAACUUUCCCAGAGCCGUGGGGAACUUCUUUGGUUACAGCUGUGUGCCGGGUGUUAAGGAUGUGCAGCACGACCCGAAAGGAAACAACCCCAAGAACCUGUGCGAGGCCUGCAUCGGAGACGACAACGACCGACACAUCUGUGCAAACAACCCCAGAGAGAGACACUACGGAGAGUCAGGGGCGCUGAGGUGUGUGGCAGAGAACCUUGGCGAUGUGGCCUUUGUGAAACACUCAACCAUCUUUGACAAUCUGGAUGGUAAGAACCAGGAGUCCUGGGCACUGGAUCUGGAGCUGGAGGACCUGAAGCUGCUGUGCCCUGACGGGACCGAGGCCGGUCUGGAUGAGUUUGAGCGAUGCCACCUGGCAGCUGUCCCUGCUAACGCUGUGGUGGUGCGCAUGGAGGACAAAUGCCGCGUCUGGAAGUUCCUGGAACGUUUACAGAAUGCGUUUGGCAAUGCCACCGAGGGGUUCCGCCUGUUCAGCUCAGCAGGGUAUGGCGAAUCCAAUGUGCUUUUCGAUGAUGACACCCACCACCUGCAGAGGGUUCUGGGUAGCUACACCUCCUGGCUGGGCCCCACUUAUACCACCAUGCUGCAAGCCUUCGAGUGUGAGGGAUUCUGCUGAUGGAGCUGGAAGAAGAAAUCCAGCGCCUCAACCUCCACCCC